CGCAAAGCUACUGUACUGUCCCACAAACAAACAAUUUUCCUUUCCUUAAAGAAAGGUAAUAGAACCGAAGAAGAUGCCAUUUCCUAAAGCAAACACCAAUCGUCGUUUCCAUUUCUUCUUCUUCUUAGUCUUGUGUAAGUGAUGAGUUUGGUCUCUUCUUCCCACAAUCAAUCAAUCAAUCAACAGCUGCCAUCUCCAGGGUUCAUUUUCUGCUCCAAUCUUGGUGAGAAUAAUUAAUUUCAGAAAUUCUAGGAAAGUUCUGCGAUUUGUUUCUCGUCGAUUGUGGGAAUUUUGUAGAAAUAUUUCCUAGUUUUCGAUUGCCCGGAAGGUGUUCGACAAAAUUCCUGAGAGAAUUCAUCACAUAUUGAAUGGUAGCUUGGGAAUCAAAGAAAGGGGGUUUGAGAAUUUAAUCAAUUGGGAGAGUGAUUUAUGGAGAAACAGAUAAGUUUUAGGGAUGAAAGGAUAAUGGAGAAGCAGAAAAGUUUCUUAGGAUUGAUGGAGAAGCAGAAAAGCUUCAGUAGGAUAGCAAUGGCGGAGAGGCAGAUGAGCUUUGGUAGGGACAGGAAGCUCGCCAAGGGCAAGGAUUCCCCCGGAAAGCGCGGCGAUUCGGCGCUGCAUAUUGCCGCCCGGUCGGGGAAUGCCGCGAAGGCUAAAGAAAUUAUGCAAAAGUUCGACAGCAUCAACGGCAAUGGCGGCAUAAAGAAUUUGCUUUCGAAACAGAACCAAGAAGGGGAGACUGCUCUGUAUGUGGCUGCCGAGAGCGGCCACGCGGCUGUGGUUGUCGAAUUCUUGAAGUAUUUGGAUGCCGAGACUUGCUCGAUUCGGGCUUACAAUGGAUUCGAUUCAUUCCACAUAGCUGCCAAGCAAGGGCACAUUGAUGUGCUCAAGGAGUUGCUACGAUUCAUCCCGAACCUAGUCAUGACUACAGAUGCUUCUAAUUCAACUACCUUACACACCGCGGCUGCGCAGGGGCACACCGACGUGGUAAAUCUGCUUCUCGAAACCGACCCAAACUUAGCCAAGAUUGCUCGGAACAACGGCAAGACUGUUCUUCACACGGCGGCGAGAAUGGGGCACUUAAAUGUAGUGAAAUCUCUCCUAAACAAAGACCCGAGCAUCAGUUCAAGGACUGAUCGGAAAGGCCAAACGGCGCUGCACAUGGCUGUAAAAGGACAAAACGACGAGAUCGUCGCGGAGCUUAUAAAACCCGACACGUCCGUCGUGCAAUUGGAAGAUAACAAGGGUAACACCGCGCUCCACAUCGCGACUAGGAAGGCCCGAUGUCAGAUGGUGAAAUGUUUGUUAUCCGCCGAGGGUGUCGAUGUCAAUGCCGUUAACAACGCGAGGGAGACCCCGUUAGACAUUGCCGAGAAAUUCGGUACUCCCGAGCUUGUAGCCAUCCUGAAGGAAGCUGGAGCGGUGCAUUCAAAAGACUACGGGAAGCCUCAAAGCGCGGCGAAACAGCUGAAACAAACGGUGAGCGACAUCAAGCACGACGUGGAGUCGCAGCUCGUGCAGACUCGUCAGACGGGCUUCCGGGUGCGGAAGAUCGCGAAGAAAGUGAAGAAGCUCCACAUUGAAGGCCUCAACAACGCAAUCAAUUCCGCGACUGUCGUGGCCGUCCUGAUCGCGACUGUCGCCUUCGCUGCCAUCUUCACCGUUCCGGGGCAAUACGUCGAGGAGAGGACCCAGGGGUUUACGUUAGGCGAAGCCCACAUAGCAAACGACGCGGCAUUCGUGGUCUUCUUUUUGUUCGAUAGCGUCGCACUCUUCAUUUCCCUCGCCGUGGUCGUGGUGCAGACGUCGCUGGUCGUGAUCGAGCACAAGGCGAAGAAGCAGCUGAUGUUCGUGAUCAACAAGCUCAUGUGGUUGGCCUGUCUCUUCAUCUCGAUCGCGUUCAUCUCGCUUACUUACAUCGUAGUCGGGUCUCGAGAGCAGUGGCUCGCCGUGUAUGCUACAAUUACCGGCGGGACUAUAAUGCUGGCGACGAUCGGAUCGAUGUGCUAUUGCGUCGUUCGACACAGGCUCGAAGACUCGAGGAUCAAGCGAGCCGGUACACUUUCUCGAUCCUCCUUUUCUCUGUCCCGGGCUGCUUCGGACACGGAGCUAUACACCGAGCGGUAUAAAAGGAUGUACGCUGUCUGAACGCAAGACCUAGACGAAAGUCUUUAGCACGAUGCCAUAGGUAAGAAUCGAGCCCGUAUCUUUGAUAGUUCAUAAUCGUAUCGAAUACGUCUAUAUGCCUAAGAAUGAAUGCAGUAAUCACCCGUGACUGUUCGACGGGACGGUCGCUGUUCUAUGUCGAUGUUUCCGUUUUCUAAAGGAAAAAGAGAAUGAAAUUUCACGA